CACCGGGGAGGAGGUUGUAGUCGAGGUCUCUGGGAGGCUGUGGAAGUGGCUGUUUCUGUUGAGGUUCCGUUGAGUCUUUGCCUCGAGAUAUCACAGGUGACUCACGUAAAGAGUUACAAGCUAACUUGGCUCAUUACUUACACAGAUCGCUGGUGGUGGCCGCGGCUGGCUGGGCUGGGCCGCGCCUGAUACGUAAAUAACACAUGAGUGAUGGACAAACAAGAUGAGCUCCGUCCCCAUGGCUACCACGGACGCAAAACUUUAGCGAACAGGGAGCCUCGUCGCAGCGCGGAGUAUUCCCUCUCCGACACCCGCGCCCUGUCCUCCUCACACUCCUACGCCACGCCCUUCUCCGGCCCAGCCCAACCUUCCUCCUCCUCCUCCUCCUCCUCCUCCUCCACCUCCUCCUCCUCUGCGUCCUCUCCCUCCUUUGCCUCCAACACACACGUCACGCCCCCUCUCCACUUUAGCCUCAACACCACUUCCUCCUCCUCCUCUUCCUCUUCCUUUCCCUUAACGCCUACCACAUCCACAACCAUUAGCGGCACCACCAUUACCACCAUCUCAGACUCCUCCACUUCUACCUCUCCCUCCUCCUCCUCAUAUUCCCUGUCCUCCUCCUCCUCCUCCUCCUCCUCCUCCUCUUCCUCCUCCUCGUCCUCCUCCUCCUGCAGCAGUCCGCACCAAAGCCAAUCAGCGUUCACAGACAAGUUUUGGUCCUGCAUCCCCCUCCAGCCGUAUGCCCUCAGCCACGCUCCCUCGCUGCACACACGGCCCCCCAAGGCAAGACAUAAUGAGGACCUUUUGCCGAGUCGUGGGAGGACUGAGGCCACGUUUGCAGUGACAGGACUCAAGGGGGCGUGUUCCGAGGGCGAGGUGGUGAUGGGGAAGCAAUGGUCAGUCCCAGCCAAACCAAGGACCAAACGAGGCGCCGGGUGUAGUGGUGGUAGUGGUAGUGGUAGUGGCGGUAGUGGUACUCUGUGUCCCGGGGGAUCUAGUAAAACGCAACAGUCCGGGAGAAACACUGGAUAUCCGUCAUGGUACAAGGUUCUAAAUGCACCAACUGAGACUCAAUUGUACCUCCUGCUAGUGGUGGCGUCCGUGUCCGUGUACGUUAACGGUCUGACGGGAGAGUACGUCCACGAUGACCUCAGCGCCGUACUCGGGAACCCGGACGUGCAGGGGACGCGGCCGAUAUGGCAACUCUUCCUCAACGAUUUCUGGGGCAAGCCGAUGGCCGACCCCGCCUCCCAUAAGUCCUACAGGCCGCUCACCAUCCUCUCCUUCAGGUAUGCCACACGUUCUCUUCAUUAUUGCUAAAGUUGUCCAAUGUUUUCUUCUCCCAGACAACUUGAAUACUAUGAUCUGAGGGAAUAAAAAGGUGUUGGCUUCUUGUUCGCCGACUCACCCAACGUUGGAAUCCAUUUAGUCAAGGGGCAUUUAGCUGUUCAUCCAAGUCUCCUAAUGUCGCUGAUAAAUGAGAUGUAGCAGUUCAGGUGGUGCACUGCUCUUUUAUAUAUCACAGUAGAAAAUGACCAAAAAAAGAGAAGGGGAAAGGAAACAAAGAGAAAGGGGAAGGCAACAAAGGGGAAAACGCUAAAAAUGAAAUAGGUAUACUAGUAGUAGGCAAUACAAAGUUAUGGUUCAUUUAGGCGACCAGUGUCUCGGUUUGUUCCUUGCUGCUUUCUUACUGUCAAGCUUUGGGACAUAGCGACGCUUUCUCUUUUAGUUAUUUUUUCUUCGUUUCGGCAAUUUCUUAUGUUUUGAAGUACAUGUUCCUCUAUUUAAACAAUUUUACAUUUUUAAGGACGAAUCUCUUGAACCAAUCAUUAAAACAUUAUUCAACAACGACAAUAUAGAAGAUAAUCAACGCUUCCACGUAUUAUCUAUUUGCUUUGCUUCUGGCCAUUCGUCAACGUAAUUCUCUCUUCCUGGUAGCGACGGUUCUACUUCUCCUCUUUACUAUUUUCCUUACACUUUAUAUAAAGCAAAGAACCAACAUUUUCGUUUCGGCUCUCGCCUCUGUUCGUUUCCUCGCUUCCUGGUACAGCCGCGGGUCGGUGGCGCCUUCCUGCCCCGCGGCCACCACCUUCACCUCCCGCGGCUGCCCAUCAAAAUUCUCCUCUCGCCGCGUGGCCUAAAAUGUGUUUCAGGACCUUUUUAGAAACCAGCUCGCUCCUUCUCUCCACCACGAUCCUGCAACCUUUCAUACACAAGCCCAACGCCCUCACAAGACGCUUACACCCACUCGUACACCCUCCACGGUACACCCAGGAUAUACAAAAGAGUCCAAUACCCAUUUAUACACCCACCAAAGCAUACCCACCUACCUACCCUCCUCCCGUAUUCUCAAACACUUCGGGGCUUACACACUAACAUCUGAUUGGCUCUGAUUGACUCUCUUUCAUGGUUAGUUUUAUGACCGUUAGAGUAGUUCGAGAAAGCUUCUGUACCAUGAAUUAAAAACAAACUCUCAUGAAUACCCGAUUAAUCUCCCUCUCAGACUUUGGAAUUAGAUGAUGUGAGAUGCGGAAACGUCUAAGAAUACGGUCCCAGGAUCCUACUAUUAAUACACCUUCCAGCAUCCUCAUGACGCCAAUUAAACAAGCCUAACGCAUUCGUACACCUUUCUUUAGCCAGGUAGCUGCGGGGAUCAUGUUUCUUAAGGGCCCCUCUAAGCGAGAAAAAUGAGAAAAAAUCAUCACUCACGCAAACCAUUUCAUAAUAUAUAUCAACGCAUUUGUGAUCAGUUUAUGCAUCAUCUAUUUUGGGGGGGUUUAUAUCAUGGCAAAAAUGUGGCCCGUCGUUGGUAGGUACACGGUAAAGCCACAAAUUUGGCCCGUCGCUGGUACCGGGUUAACACCGCUCCACAACACCAUCACCCACCCUCGGCUUCUACAUAAAAACAUAAGAACAUAAGGCGUCUGCAAGAGGCCGGUAUGUCUAUGCAAGGCAGCUUCUGUGGACCUAACCCCACCUAAGUUAUACACGUUCCUGUAUUCUCAUGACACCCAUUACACAAGCCU